CGCAGGCAAGAUUGCGUCAGUUCCAGCGGGAAUUUCGCAGAGGAAGGACAUACACCGCUCCUUACAGUGACCUCACCUGCCCAGCCCCCCCCCCACCCACAGCCAUGCAAUCCAUCAAAUCCGUAUGCCAAGUGAGCCUGGUGGCAGCAUGCAUCAUUUUCACACUGCCCUGGACACAAGCACGGUCGGCAGAAGGCUUUGGAAGAAUGGGCAGACUGCUGGCGUCCCUCAAGGCUGACUCUUUGACCCCCAUGCAAGGCUACGGGACAGAGACAGGGCACCCAUUGGAAAAGAGACAGAUUUACGACUCAUCCUGCAAGGGGGUGUAUGACAGGGCCAUAUUCAGCGAGUUGGAGCAUGUCUGUGAUGACUGCUACAACCUCUACAGAACCUCCAGAGUGGCUAGUGGCUGCAGGCAGAACUGUUUCGAGAAUGAUCUGUUUGAGGAGUGUGUGUUUGAGCUGAUGCUGCCUGACGAAAUGUUCUUGAUCAGGGACGCGAUCAGAGGAUAAGCGUCGAAUACUGAUCAAACUGCUACAGCAACAUGGUCAUCCGGCAAUGCAUGGAAGACCUGCUGCUGAUGGACAACUUUGAAGAAUACGCCCGGAAAAUACAGAUGGUCGGCAAGAAGUAAACACAUUAACACUAUCCUACCACACCAUCCGAAUUAAUAGCAGAGAAUGGCUUACUAUUGUUACUACUAAUCGUCUCUGAAAAUCUCUUGUGGGUUGAGUAAAAUAAGGAGGAUUUAAUCUCUUUCCCCCUUCGUGUUAUCACCAAAAGGAAGGUUAAAUAAGAAAAAAAGGUUAUUUCUUUCAUCAUAUCUCCUUCCUCGUCCUCCUCCUCCUCCUCCCUCACUUUUAGCUAUUUAUUGAGAGUGUUCACUUGUCUAUAUAUUUAUUACUACUCUCUCUAAAAGCUAUUUCACAAGUGCCAAAGACGAGAAUGUUUGAGUGAUAGUGUUCUCUCUCUCUCUCUCUGUGUCUCGUUUUCAAAUCACGCGCCAAAUACUGGAAUGAAAACAGGAUAAAUGAGAUGGAAGUCUAUAUUUAUUGCUAUUCUCUCUAAAAGCCAUAUCACAAGUGCCAAAGACGAGAGUGUUUGAGAACGUUCAUGUUCGAGAAUGUUUAAUAAUGUUCUGUCAUGUUUUCAAAUCACGCGCCAAAUACUUGAAUGAAAAACAGGAAAAGCACGAUCAUAGUCUAUAUAAGUUUCAAACCACGCGUCAAAAUACUGAAUAAUGAAGGGGUAAGGAGCCUACUUUAUUUAUCACUCUCCCUUACCUUAUUCACUUACAUCUUCAGCUAAACAAAUGAACCAACAACGUCUAGUUAACAAAAGCAACGCGCGGCUGUCGAUGACCUUAAUGUCUAUCAGAUAUUUGAGUAGAGCUUUAAUAUAUCUAUCCACGUAGUAAGAUAGACGGAAAACGUGCAAUAUACAUGUAGUAAAGGCAUGAAUCAGGCUCGAGUCUUCUAUUAAACACGUGAGCCAACAGUGUCUAGGUAAAAAAAGCAACGCGCAGCUAUCGAUACCAUUAAUGCCUAUCAGAUACUUGAAUACAGCUUUAGUACAUCUAUCCACGUAGUAAGAUAGAUGGAAAACGUGCAAUAUGUAGUAAAAGGAAUGAAUUAUUAGGCUUGUGACCCCUCGAGUAGGACCCAGACCCAGACCCAGACCCAGACCAAGAGCAAGAUCAAGAUGAAGACCAUUCCGUCCCUUUAUUGGAGUAAGGACUACCUAACACUUGCCAGUCAUUCCUUUAGCUUAUCUCGAUCUGUUUAAUUUAUUGACUAUUUAUUGAAUGGUGUACUAGAACGCUUGUUAUUAGUUUCAGUAGCGACUUUAUUGAUUAUUUAUUGGAUAGGCUUCUGUUAUUGUUGUUCUUAAGGCUUUUCACGGUUUUUGGUUCAUUCGUAUCUCAAAUAUUUCGGCUAUUGUAUAUUUCUUUGAUCAAACUUGGAAGAGAAAAUGUAAACAAAAAAUGAAGAUUGAAACGUAAAGUAAAUGGAGGAAGAAGAAGAAGAAGAAGAAGAAGAAGAAGAAGAAGAAGAAGAAGAAGAAGAA